UGUGGGAAUGUAUUAAAAGCUUUUGCCUUAUCUGCUUUCGGUUUGUGAUAAUAUCAUCAUCAUCAUCUUUGCAGCUGUUGUUUAUUUCUGGUUUUUGGAGACAGGAAAGAUGGCUCAAACCAUGGGAAGGAACAUGGCAGCUCCAUUGCUGUUUCUCAACUUGAUCAUGUAUUUUAUUCUGCUUGGGUUUGCUAGUUGGUGUAUUAAUAGAUACAUCAAUGGCACAACCUACCAUCCUAGUAUGGGAGGCAACGGAGCGACGCCGUUUUUCUUGACAUUUGCAAUGCUAACAGCAGUUAUGGGAGUGGCAUCAAAACUGGCUGGACUCUACCAUAUCAGAGCUUGGAGGAGCGACAGCCUCGCCGGCGCAGGAUCAACUUCAUUGCUCACUUGGGCUGUAACUGUUCUAGCUUUUGGCUUGGCCUGCAAGCAAAUCAGCAUAGGAGGCCACAGAGGGUGGAGGCUGAGAGUUGUGGAAGCUUUCAUAAUAAUAUUGACCAUCACCCAGCUUCUGUAUCUGCUCCUGCUCCACGCUGGGAUCUUCAGCCGCCGCUACGGCCCUGGUUAUUGGGAUACCGACUAUGGCAUGGGCGGAGGAACUGCAGUUCCUGGAGAGCCUCCCAAGGGAACUGCCGGGACCAGGGUGGUUUAGAACAGAUGGUUGUUAUGUAUGAUAUCAGUUGGUUUGUUUUUCUCCUGCUUUGUUUUCGUGGAAGGACGCAUAGUUUCUGGUUCUGUCAUCUCUUUCAAAACCUCAAUGUAGGAUGUUUAAUAAGAGAUUGGGAUGUUUCAC